AUGCUGCUGUUGCUGCUGCUACUCUGGGGGAUAAAGGGAGUGGAGGGUGUAGCCGAUGCCUCGAAGGGCUUCACCCUGAAUGUGGAAAGAAAGGUGGUGGUACAGGAGGGCCUGUGUGUCCUUGUGCCCUGCAACUUCUCCUAUCCCAAGGUCUGGCAGACUGACUCAUCCCCAGUUUAUGGAUACUGGUUCCGGAAAAAAGCCAACACAGACAUUGAUGCCCCUGUGGCCACAAAUAACCCAAAAAGGCCAGCACAGAAAAGGACCCAGCAUCGAUUCUUCCUGCCUGGAGACCAGCAAAAGAACGACUGCUCCCUGAACAUCAGAGAGGUCGAAAAGAAGGAUGCAGGGACAUACUUCUUUCGCCUGGAGAGAGGAAAAACAAAGUAUAAUUAUCUUUGGAACAUGAUGACUCUGGAUGUGACAGCGCUCACUAACACCCUCCGUGUUCUCCCGGAGACACUUGAAGCUGGUCAUCCCAGCAACCUGACCUGCUCUGUGCCUUGGGACUGUGAGAAGAGGGAACCCCCUGUCUUCUCCUGGAUUGGUACCUCUGUGUCACCCUUGAGCACUAACACCACUGGUUCCUCAGUGCUAACAAUCAUCCCCCAGCCCCAGGACCAUGGCACCAACCUCACUUGUCAGGUGACCCUUCCUGGAACUGAUGUGACCACAAGAAUGACCAUUCGUCUCAACGUGUCAUAUGCUCCAAAGAAUCUGACUGUGACCGUCUAUCAAGGAGCUGACUCAGUAUCCACAAUCCUGAGGAACGGCUCAUCUCUUCCUAUCUCUGAGGGCCAGUCACUCCGUCUCAUCUGUAGCGCCGACAGCUAUCCCCCGGCAAACCUAAGCUGGUCCUGGGGUAACCUGACUCUGUGUCCACCAAAGUUGUCUAAACCCGGACUCCUGGAGCUGUUUCCAAUGCAUCUUAAGCACGAAGGAGUGUAUACCUGCCAAGCUCAGCACGCCCUAGGCUCCCAAUACAUUUCCCUGAACCUGUCUCCACAGAGUGAUGCAACUUUAUCUGAAAUGAUGAUGGGGACCCUUAUGGGUUCAGGUGUCACAGCCCUCCUCUUCCUGUCUUUCUGCAUCAUUCUCCUGGCAGUAAGAUCCUGCAGGAGGAAACCAGCCAGGACAGCUGUGGUAGCCCCGCAUCCAAAUGCCCUCAAGGUCUCAGUGUCUCAGAGUCCCCUGGUUAAAUCCCAUGCAGAUGACAGCUCUGAGCCCCUGCCUUCCACAGUUGAGGCAGCCCCCUCCUCCACAGAGGAAGAGAUACAUUAUGCCUCCCUCAGCUUUCAUGAAAUGAAGCCCAGGGACUCCUGGGGGCAGCAGGGCUCUACCACAGAGUACUCAGAGAUAAGGCUCCACAAAUGACCACGUGGCCAUGAAC